AUGGCUACGUCGCUGGACCUCGCUGGUCUGCAAUUCAUGGCUCAGUCGUUCCGCAGCAGCUUCCUCGUCCAGGCGCUGAUUGUGCUCGUGCUCGGGGUGGUACUGCGCUACGUGAUCAUGGCCUGGCGCGCGGGUCUCGAGCCGUACGAGGUGGAGACGUGUCCACCCAUCAACCCACACGUGCAUUAUCGCUACGGGGUGUCGCAGAUGCAAGGGAGACGGCCGUACAUGGAGGACCGCCACACGGCUGUGGCGGACCUAAAUGGAGACCCCACGCAGAGUUUCUACGGCAUCUUUGAUGGGCACGGGGGCGACGGGGCAGCAAAUUAUUGUGUACAGGCUAUGUGUCAGAAUGUGAUCCGAGAGCCGUCGAUCACGAAAGAACCGGCGGAAGCGCUGAAAAGCGGUUUUUUGCGAACGGAUGAAGAGUAUUUGCAGAUUGCCAAUGGCAAAAGCUCCGAGGAUGGAACGACGGCGGUCGUGGUGUUUACACAAGGCAACGAGAUGUUUGUGGCACAUGCAGGAGACUCUCGAGCUGUGCUGGUGCAUCGCAGUGGCGACGUGUCGGUGUUGACUUCAGAUCACAAACCGAACCGACCAGAUGAGCGCCGUCGGAUUCAAGAGCUAGGAGGGUCGGUCGUGUUUUGGGGCGUAUGGCGCGUUGAAGGUAUUCUUGCCGUGUCUCGAGCGAUUGGGGACCGUAUGCUUAAGCCACUCGUGGUAGCCGAACCCGAAGUAAAACAGCUGACGCGAACGAAGGAGGAUCAGUAUUUAGUUUUGGCAAGCGACGGUGUCUGGGAUACGGUCUCAAAUGAAGAGGUGGCGCAGCUGGUGCUUAAAUACGAAGACCCGCAGACAGCAGCACAACAUCUCAUGGAAGAGGCGUAUGCGCGAGGCAGUAUGGACAAUAUCUGUGUCAUGGUCAUUGAUUUGAGGGUCUGA